GAAGUGCUGGGCGAGCCAAGGGGAGACUUGUCGAGGGGAAAGGCAGGACUUCCCUGACCAUGGCUGGAACCCGGGCGCUUCUGAUGCUGGAAAACUUCGUCGAUGGGAAAUUUUUACCUUGUGACUCCUAUCUAGACUCUUAUGACCCGUCUACAGGGGAGGUGUACUGCCGAGUGCCGGACAGUGGAAAGGCAGAGGUCGCCGCGGCAGUGGCCGCCGCCAGAGCAGCCUUCCCUGGCUGGUCGGCCCGCAGUCCCCAGGAGCGCUCACAGGUGCUGCUGCGGCUGGCGGACCUGCUGGAACAGUCGCUGGAGGAGUUUGCGGUGGCCGAGUCCCGAGACCAAGGGAAAACCAUAACCCUGGCAAGAACCCUGGACAUUCCCCGGUCUGUGCAGAACUUCCGGUUCUUUGCCUCCUCCAUCCUGCACCACACGUCAGAGUGCACGCAGAUGGACCACGCGGGCUGUCUGCACUACACCGUGCGGGAGCCUGUGGGCAUCGCUGGUCUGAUCAGUCCCUGGAAUCUACCACUGUACUUGCUGACCUGGAAGAUCGCUCCCGCCAUCGCUGCCGGCAACACCGUGAUAGCCAAGCCUAGCGAGCUGACUUCCGUGACGGCGUGGAUGCUGUGCCAGCUCCUGCAGAAAGCAGGUGUUCCCCCAGGUGUGGUCAAUAUUGUGUUUGGAACCGGGCCCAGGGUGGGCGAGGCCCUGGUGUCGCAUCCGGAGGUGCCUGUCAUCUCCUUCACUGGGAGCCAGCCCACGGCCGAGCGCAUCACACAGCUGAGUGCCCCCCACUGCAAGAAGCUCUCCCUGGAGCUGGGGGGCAAGAACCCUGCCAUCAUCUUUGAGGAUGCCAACCUGGAGGAGUGUGUUCCAACAACCGUCAGGUCCAGCUUUGCCAACCAGGGUGAAAUCUGCCUCUGUACCAGCAGGAUCUUUGUCCAGAAGAGCAUCUACAGUGAAUUUUUAAAGAAGUUUGUAGAAGCUACCAGAAUGUGGAAGGUUGGCAGUCCCACUGAUCCAUCGGCCAGCAUGGGAGCUCUCAUAAGUAAAGCUCAUUUGGAGAAAGUCAGAAGAUACGUCAAGAUAGCCCGUGCUGAAGGGGCCCGGGUUCUGUGUGGUGAGGGCGUGGACCGGCUGAGUCUUCCCCCUGGGAACCGGGCGGGCUACUUCAUGCUUCCCACAGUGAUAACAGACAUCAAGGAUGAGUCCCGCUGCAUGAAGGAAGAGAUAUUUGGUCCAGUGACGUGUGUGGUCCCCUUUGAUAGCGAAGAGGAAGUGGUUAAAAGAGCCAACAGUGUUCAGUAUGGGCUGGCUGCGACCGUGUGGUCAAGCAAUGUGGGGCGUGUCCACCGGGUGGCCAAGAAGUUGCAGUCCGGCUUGGUUUGGACCAACUGCUGGCUCAUCAGAGAGCUGAACCUCCCUUUCGGGGGGAUGAAGAGUUCUGGGGUAGGUAGAGAAGGAGCCAAAGACUCUUAUGAAUUCUUCACUGAAAGCAAAACCAUCACCAUUAAACACUGACCUCGGCCGGUAGAGAAGCUAUUGCAGUCAACGCCUGGUUGCAGAGAAUCAGUUGUCCAAAGUGGUGAAUGGAAAUGCUGGCCUAAAUUCCAGCCAUGUCUUGACUCAGCAGAAUGUUAUUUCUAGUUUACUUCAGUAGUUAGUAUUUUUACCCACUGGGAUGAGGAGAUGCUGUCUAUCUUCAAUGUUGAGUCGAAGAAGAGAAAACCUCUGACUAGGAAGUCAUGAAAGGGAAGCCAAAUAAUUGUUAGGCUCCUCCUAGGUUGUGUCUUCACAGCAUUUUUUUCAUCAUGUUUAUUGAAUUCUUCAGAAUUCACAGAUAAUCAGAAUUUUUUCAUUUGCAAGUAUAUAUAUAUAUAUAAUCUACAAAGCCAAAGAGAAACAAAUCAGCGUAAUUUCCUACCUUGGGGAGGCUGUUGAGAUGGUCUCCUCAUCCAUCAGCCAUUGGUGGCUAAUUGGUAAUUGACUGCACCUCAUUAUGUAAGGGGGCCAUGAAUGUUGAUCAUAAACAUAAUACAGAGUUUGUCAGAGAAGGCACAUGUCGUAGGUCCCGCUAAAUAUAUCUAUGCAAGGACAAAAAAUAAAAUAAAAUAACUACUACUUUUGGAGGAAACUUGGAACAAGAAGAGGAAAUAGUUCAAUCCUUUCCUACUGUGGAGUCUAAUCAAUUCCAAUUCUUAGUGUACGUAUCUCAUGAGACUUACAACUUACUAAUCUUAAAAGAAUAAAUGUUAAGCAAUUUCAGUAA